AUGGUGUAUGCCAGUUCAGUGAUGCUACUUAUAACUUGCAUUGAUCUAUCUGUAAAUAAUCUAACAGGUGACAUUCCUUCAGUAAUUAGGAAUCUUAAAAGUCUCCACGCAUUGAACUUAUCAGAUAAUGGUCUUACAGGAGAGAUUCCAAGAAGCUUUGGAUUAAUUACAAAGUUACAGUCACUUGAUCUUUCAAACAAUAAACUGCAUGGAAGGAUUCCAAAUGAAAUGCUACAAGUUUCCUAUUUGAGUUUUUUCAUUGUAUCUAACAACAGGCUUUGUGGAAAAAUACCAGAAGGAAGACAAUUUAAUACAUUCAAUUCUACUUAUUUCAAUGGGAACCAUGAUCUUUGUGGAUUCCCAGUUAACAACAAAUCAUGCAGAUGUGGAGAGAGGUCAAAUCCUAGCAUGCUAACUCCUCUUAUUAAGAAAGAAGAUGAUGAAGGAGGAGAAAUUCCAUGGCAUUGGUCAUGGCUAAGAAAGCUAGAGGAGGUGGUCAUACGGGUGGUCGCCAAGGAGGCAGAGGUGGAGGACGGGGCCGUGGUUCUGACCAUCACAGUUCUUGACCACCACCCACUCAUUGGAGGUGUGAGGGUAUUCGAGCUAGCUUCAAUGGAGAUAGCUAUGGCAAAGGCCAGAUUAGUUGAGCUGAACCUUAGUCAUGCACUUGGUGGUAAGACAGGUGUGCAGAUAGGAAGUGCACCUACCAGUGGAAAUAAAGCUCAGGGAAAUCAGUCCCAAUCAGCUGCACCAUUUAGAACUCCUCAAGCACCAAUUAAGAGUGGGCAACAACAGCAGCAACAGUCAAAACCUAAACAAUUUAAGGGCCAACAAGGUGGCAAUUCUCAGUAUAAGAAGGGUAGGAACUAG